CGUUUGCUCUCCCCCUCAUCUCCCAGUACUCUCCAGACGAAGCAUACCACAAAUUACCAUGCAUGCUAUACAGCAACAAUAUUGGGCCGUUCGCGACUAUCUCAGCCCGGUCCUCAAAGAAAGCAAGUUCAAAGAGCACGGACGUAUAACCCCCGAGGAAUUUGUCGCAGCAGGAGACUUUCUAUCAUACAAGUUCCCAGUAUGGACGUGGGAAAAAGGCGACGCGUCCAAAGCCCGCGAUUACCUCCCCGUUGAGAAACAAUAUCUCGUCACUCGUGGCGUCCCCUGCCUUCGACGAGCCACAUCACUGGCUUACACAGACGCCGAUGAAGACGCCGAGCGACUUCUCUCCUUCGGUGAUUCUUCGGGCGCUGCCGAUGAGUGGGUAGAAACGCAUGCAGGCCGAGGGGCCACAGUGGACUCUGCUGCGAACCUAGGCGAGAUCGAUGAUAUCCCGGACUUGGAUGGUGAUGGACUGGCGAGCGCGAUGGCAGAUGUGUCGAUUGUAUCGGAGACGGGCGCUACGGUGGGAGAGACCCCGGAUCUAGAUGAUAUCCCUGACAUGGAAGAAGAGGGGCUGGAGGACGGCGAAGAUGAAGCUACGGUGGCACCGGUUGUGCCCAAGGCGAGUGGCGUCAUCGAUGCAUCACAGAUUGGGGUCGCAAAUGGCAAUCUCCUACAAGUACGAACAUAUGACGUGAUGAUCACAUACGACAAGUAUUACCAAACUCCCCGGAUUUGGCUGCUCGGCUAUGACGAGAAUCGCACACCCUUAACACCAUCGCAGAUCUUCCAAGAUAUCUCAGCAGACCAUGCUCUCAAGACUGUCACCAUCGAAGCCUUCCCACACUCCUCAACGCUCCAAGCAGCUUCCGUACAUCCCUGCAAACACGCAAGUGUGAUGAAGAAAGUCAUCGAGCGCAUGAAUGCAGGUGUGGUAGAAGAGCAGCUAGCUGCACGGAAGAAUUCUGGCAAGCACCAAGACAAGGACGGGAAGAAGAAAUGGGGUUUCGGGCGCAAGGGCGCAAAGGAGGAGGGCGUCAAGACCCCAGUGGAGGAAGAGGAAGUGGAGGGCAUGCGCGUGGACUUUUACCUUGUGGUGUUCUUAAAGUUCAUCGCUUCUAUCGUGCCUACGAUCGAGGUGGACUCGACGACUGCGUUUUGAGGUCGUUUUCAUGGAGGAUAUAUCCGCUGGAUUUUUUGGUGCGGUCAACAGUAAUAGCUGUGCUAUGAAGGGAUGGUUUGUGUAUGUACCAUAGAAAUUAUGUAGAGUUGGAUGUACGGUCAAAGAUACUUAAGGCACACGAUUCACUCAGGUGUUGAUUCGACCUC